AUGGAGGCCAACACUAGCGGACAGUUUGGCCAACAGUUGGGACCAUCGGAUCGGUGGCCGAACCCGAGUCCAAACACCGGGCGUUGUAUUUACGGAUUUGUCCUCUUUUUGGUCGCAAUUGUAAUGCUUUUGUUGUACUUCUUGUACGCAAUGACUGCCCGAGAAGUGCAACAAUCCAUUGGUUUGACAUAUUUUGAGCGCAAGUAUUGGUCCAUAGCUUUGCCGACAAACAUCUUGGUCUCACUCCUAGUCCUAACCGCUUGUCUCUACCCAUCAAUCAACUACUUGUCCACCCCUUCCCUCAAUCACUGCAACACUAUCUUCGACUCCAAUACCACUCAACCACUUGUCAACACUUCCCAAGACAUCACUUCCAAA